UCAAGGAAACGGGGGCGGAGGAAGGCGGAGAGGGAGGAGCUUAAAAGAGAAGGGCGGCCGCCUGAGGUAGACUUCCUUCCGGUUUCUCCUCCCACCGACACCCCUCCCCUGUCCCAUGCGCGUGACGCUUAGGAAACACGCCCGUUAGCGGCGGAGAGCCAAUAGGAGCGCGCCGAGCUCUUUGGCGGGUAAGUGGCGCAGCGUCGACCGUUUUGAGGAGGGGGAGAGAUGACAGCACUUUGGAAAAAAAGGGGUGGUUAAAAGGGGCAACUUUCUUUUGUGCUGGUUUAGUGAGUUUUGGCGAUUACUUUGUGCUCGUUUGUAGGGGAAAGGGAAAAGGGUAGGCUUCCUGUUCCCUCCAUGUAUGGCUGUGUAUGUGGAGUGUUUGGACGGGGAAUUUAGGCACAGGAUAGUUACUGAUCGUUAUGUCCAUAUAGGAUCAGGGGCAACGAAUGUCUUGAGUGCCACUCGCUGGGGAGCAAUAGCGAGAGAAGGCGCUUUCCCUCAUGCCCUGAGAGCCCCAUGAAUGUCCCGUUGGUAUUGUGGAAAACCAGGGGGUGGACUAGAUAUGUGUUUGGUCUAGCAAAUUGUUUAUGGAAUUUACUGCCACAAGAUAUGGUUGCGGUCCUUGGCUUUAAAAUGAAAGUAGUUUUUUUAAAAGGAUAAAAAAUAAACAAUGGGCAAUGCGUCAGGAACAGUACACUUUUGAAUACUAAAUCCUCAGCCCAGAUAGCAGGGUAAGCUGUUGCAAGGCACGGGAGCUGUGGAUAUUCCAUAGAAAUGGGCUGCUGGCCGACAAGAUGGAUUUAAGGUCUUAUCAGGGCUCUUAUCCUCUCAAGCUGUCCAUACUGUAUCAGAAUAUAGUUUGACAGACUAAGCAAACUUUACUGCAAUAAGUUAGUCUAUCCUGAAUAAAAAUGUUUGCUUCUUGUUCAUUUAAUGGAGCUGAACUGUAAUAGUUUAAUGCACAAGGCACCCAUUACGACCUACACAGAAAUUAAUUCCACAGUUUCAUAUUAGAAGGCAAUAGUGUAGCCUUUUUUCACAGUGUUCCAGGAGUUAGUAUACUCUUUUCAAAUAGUUUUACUUUCUCCCUUCUGGUGUUGUGUAUGGUUCACACAGUCUGGCCUUGUGGGCUCCAAAAUCCAUUUUGGGGCCGCAUCUGUAUUAUGCUAACCAAAAUAUCCCCAAAUAGUGUGCAAGUUCUCCAUAACCCUUCAUCAGAGUAGGUGGUAAAAUCCUCAAUGGUGGGAGGAGUGAGAGAGAAAAGGAUUGGUGGGUCAAGCCAUUCAUGUUUGUAGCUAAUAAGAGUACUAAGAUGAAGUGUGGGAAGAGGUGACAGAUUGCAAAUGAUUCUCUUAGUUGAUAUGGAGGUUUUAGGUUGCACCAAGGUCUCCUAGGAAGGAGAAACACCUAAUGGCUGAUUUUCCCCUCUCUGGAAAUACAGCAGCCAGUUAUUCCUCAGUUUUGUCUCCAUGCUUAGGUAAAGCACACAAGUCAAUAGUUGUUUUGAACCCCUUUGAUAUUUUCUUUGUGAAUUAGUUGUAUAUAAAUAUUUUUAUAAAAUAGAGAGCCAGACUAUAAAGAAACUAGGCAGUCCUUGUCAAAACAGGUAGAGAUUAAUUUUAGAUGGUGUGCUAGUUAAGCAAAAGUCAGCAGAAUAUCAAAAAAAUUAAAACAAAUCGGCAUAAUAUAUACAUUCAGAUACAGUAUUUCCCUUUCCUACUACCCUUCACCCACAGGAGGACCCAUUAUCAUCCACACAGUAUGCAGAAGACAGGCACAACAGAUAACAUCAAACCUUGAUGGGCAACCAAGAACCUAUUUUCCAGCAGGAACAAGGUGGCUUCCACCUAUAUGGGGUUUUUACUUGUAGUAAAUGCCACUUGGUCAAUGAAUACCCCCCCCCCAGUUUAGCUAAAGUGUUUCCUUUAAAUCUUGGUUGCCCAAAUGAAAGGGCUCCCUAAUCCUCCAGUGAAAGUGCCAGAGAACCACUUGCAAUAUAAUGAUUUAUGAAGUUUGACCAGUUAUACCACUGCUGUUGUAAUAAGGGCUUUGAUUGGUUGGCUGAACCAGGUGAGGGUAGCUAAUGGGUCUUAAACCCUGAGUAAGUUAGGAACUUGUCUAUCACCUGCAUGUGAAGACAAGUUCCUGUGGAUUGAGCAGACAAGACCAAUAGCGGGUCCAACAGUCAAGAAGGCGGUUUCACAGUUGCAUACCUUGAAAAUACAAUUUUCUCUAACUUUAAUAUAGAUAUUACCAGUAAUAUAGGAUCAAGUCAUUGCUAUGGUAUUAUGUUAUAAAACAAGAGUCUGUAAUAAACAACUAUUUUCCUGUGUUCCUGAUAGCAGUUCUCUAAAUAUUUUAAAAGCAGAAUCUUUUCCAUUACAGCAUUGUAUUGAAAAGAAAUGUUUUAUUGUGUUAUCAGAAUCAUGUCUGAGCAGAGAUUUUAUCAGCUAAGCUGAUUAUCCUGUGUUCCAAAACACAAAAUGCAACCCCUGAAAUACCGCCCCUGGAAUUUGGAAUUCAUAGAUUCCCCUGUUAGAGUGGACCACCUUCAAAUAAGGUUAGUUGUCCAGACUCUUUUACCUAUUAUUCCUAUAUUUUUAAGUUAUUGAUUACAUACAAAAAUAGGUUAUAAAGUAUAUAAAGUUUCUAGAUUAUAAAGUAUAUAAAGGUUAUAAUGUAUAAAGCAUGUUAAUAUAAGGUUAUAUGAAUAAUAAAAGAAUCAUAAACAUUAUUUAAUAAUUCCCUAAUAUUUUCAUUCUCUUGAAAAUCCUAUAGGUGAAAACUUUAGUGGCAAAUCUGUUUGUUUGUUUUUAAAGAUAUUUAUUAAAGUUUUACAAAAAGAAAAAAACAGUUACAGAGUAAAAAAGAGGAAAAAGGAAAAAUACAAAGAGUACAAAAAUACAUAGAAAAAAAUAUAUACAAACUACAGAAAGAAUAAAUAGAAAAUAGUUAAAAACAAAUCAAUCUUUUCAUAUCUUAGAUUUCAUUUACUUAUUUCCCCGACCUCCUCACACCUCCCUUUUUUGUAUUCCCGUUCACAUGGUUAAUCCAGCAAAUCCUUACCCUCUUUGUUUUUAUCUUAAUUCUAUAUCUCAGCAUAUUAUAACUUUGUAUUUUCAUCCGUUAUCAAUCCAUUUUUACAUAUUCUUAUUAACCUUGUUGCUAAGGCCGCUUGAUUUCAAUCCGACAUCGUUUUAACAUUCAUUAAUUUUACAAUGUUUCUGCAAAUAGUCUUUAAAUUUCUUCCAAUCUUCUUCCACCGACUCUUCUCCCUGGUCUCGGAUUCUGCCAGUCAUUUCCGCCAGUUCCAUAUAGUCCAUCACUUUCAUCUGCCAUUUUUCCAGGGUGGGUAAAUCUUGUGUCUUCCAAUACUUUGCGAUGAGUAUUCUUGCUGCUGUUGUAGCGUACAUAAAGAAAGUUCUAUCCUUCUUUGGCACCAAUUGGCCGACCAUGCCCAGGAGAAAGGCCUCUGGUUUCUUCAGAAAGGUAUAUUUAAAUACCUUUUUCAUUUCAUUAUAGAUCAUCUCCCAGAAAGCCUUAAUCCUUGGGCACGUCCACCAAAGGUGAAAGAAUGUACCUUCAUUCUCUUUACAUUUCCAACAUUUAUUAUCAGACAAAUGAUAAAUUUUUGCAAGCUUGACUGGUGUCAUGUACCACCUGUAUAUCAUUUUCAUAAUAUUCUCUCUUAAGGCAUUACAUGCCGUGAAUUUCAUACCUGUGGUCCACAACUGUUCCCAGUCAGCAAACAUUAUGUCAUGUCCAACAUCUUGUGCCCAUUUAAUCAUAGCAGAUUUAACCGUUUCAUCCUGCGUAUUCCAUUUCAACAGCAAGUUAUACAUUCUUGAUAGUAUCUUAGUUUUGGGAUCUAACAGUUCUGUUUCCAAUUUUGAUUUUUCCACCUGGAAGCCAAUUUUUUUAUCCAUAUUGUAAGCCUCCCUUAUUUGAUAAUAAUGAAGCCAGUCUCGCACUUUAUCUUUUAAUUUCUCAAAACUCUGCAAUUUCAAUUUGUCACCUUCUUGUUCCAAAAUCUCCCAAUAUUUCGGCCAUUUGGCUUCCAUAUUGAGUUUUUUCUGAGCCUUCGCUUCCAUCGGUGAUAACCACCUUGGGGUUUUAUUUUCAAAUAAAUCUUUGUAUCUUAUCCAGACGUUAAACAAUGCUUUCCUGACAAUAUGGUUUUUAAAUGCUUUGUGUGCUUUAACCUUGUCAUACCACAAAUAUGCAUGCCACCCAAAAACAUUGUUAAAACCUUCUAAAUCCAAAAUGUCUGUGUUCUCAAGAAGCAGCCAUUCUUUCAGCCAGCAAAAUGCUGCUGAUUCAUAAUAGAGUUUAAGAUCUGGCAGGGCAAAUCCACCUCUUUCCUUUACAUCAGUUAAUAUUUUAAAUUUUAUUCUGGGCUUCUUGCCCUGCCAGAUAAAUCUAGAAAUAUCUUUCUGCCACUUCUUGAAACAAUCCAUUUUGUCCAAAAUUUGCAACGAUUGGAACAAAAAUAACAUUCUUGGCAAUACAUUCAUCUUUAUAACAGCAAUUUGACCAAGCAAGGAAAGCUUCAGGUUUGACCAAAUUUCUAGAUCCUUUUUCACUUCUGACCAACAUUUCUCAUAGUUGUCUUUAAAUAAAUUUAAGUUCUUUGCGGUCAUGUUCACCCCCAGGUAUUUAACUUUCUUGACCAAUGUUAACCCUGUCUCCUUCUGAAACCUCUCUUUCUCAAUCGGUGUUAAAUUUUUCUCAAGAACCUUAGUUUUUAACUUAUUCAACUUAAAUCCUGCCACUUGACCAAAUUGUUGAAUCAGAUCCAAUACUCUUUUAGUACUAGAUUCUGGCUCCUGUAGUGUCAAUACUAGGUCAUCUGCAAAAGCUUUCAAUUUGUACUGUUUGGCUCCGACCUGUAUACCUUUAAUCAGAUGGUCCCUUCUAAUCAUAUUUAGCAAAACCUCCAGAACCGAAAUAAAGAGCAAUGGGGAAAUUGGGCAGCCUUGUCGUGUCCCUUUCUCUAUCUUAAAUUCCUCUGUCACCGCAUUAUUAACUAUUAGUUUAGCCUUUUGUUUAGUGGCAAAUCUGUUCCUUCAGUCAAGAUAGUCAUCCUUUCCCAUGAAAAGGUCAGCCUACCACUAUUUCUUCUGGCAACCAAUCUCAUCUUUGUCCUGGAAUGCAAGCAGUUAACUUCUUUCUGUUCUUGGAGGUAUCUAUUUGGAGGCAGUAAAACACAAAACUGACUUUGUUGUUCUUGUCUGUCCCUGUUUUGAGAGACUUAUGAGAAAAUAAGGUUUGACGUAGAUAAGGUUCAUCAUAGAGUUUUUCUCACAUCCACUUGAGCCAGCAAGGUUAUCACUAUUUAUUAACUGGGCUUGAUGGGGGAUGUGACAGUUCCCACAUCCUUAAACCUUUGUAUUUUCACAGACUAAAGAACUAGAUGAAAUAUGUUUUCCACUUAUCCUUCUGUUUCUGUUGUUUCCUAUUCAUUCCAAUCUUUUUCAUAUCUUUCCCUUUACCUGCUAAGCUCUUCUAUCUUUGGUGUUCACUAUUAUACUUCCCUCACAAUGGUGAUAAAAAGUUGGAUUCAAAUUGACUGCUGUUAUACAAGUGCUCUACCUUUUGUUUAAGGCAGGGAUUAGAAACUUGUCUUCUAGAGGUUGCCGAACUGCAUUGGCUAAGAUGACUGGAUCUGAUGGAGGAUGGAAUCCAGUAACAGCUGUGGCUACUCCCCUGCAAUGUCACUUCUGGAGGGGAAAAACAUGUUCAUAGGGGUGAGGUGGCUCGGUUUUCUGAUGACACCAAAUUAUUUAGGGUGAUAAAACAAAAAAGGAUAUUGAAGAGUUCCCAAAAGAUAUCUCCAAACUGGGGAAUGGGCAUUAAAAUUUGAAAUGUGAAAGUGAAAGCAAGUAAAGUGAUGCAUGUUAGGACAAAUAUACACUGUUGGGUUCAAAAAUAGCAGUAACUGAUAGCUCAGUGAAAACAUUGGCCCACUGUGUGGCAGCUAUGAAAAGGACAAUUUCCAUGUGGGGAAUUGAUAGGAAAGGAAUAAAAAAAAACCUGCUAAUAGAUUACUUUUAUUAAAAUAUAUGGUGAGAUUGCUCUCGGAAUACAGUAUACCAUUCUGGUCACUGCACCUCAAAGAAGAUAUUGUACAGCUAUACACUAUAUAUAAGGGCAAUCAAAGUGAUCAAAGGAUACAGCAACUCCCUUAUGAGGAAAGAUAACAUCAUUGGGGACUUUUUAUGUUAGAAAAAAGUGAUAUAUGCACAUGGUGUGGAGAAAGUAGGAUAGGGAGAAGUCUUUAUCCUGUUCUGUACCUGCAUUAUAGCAGAAGCUGAAUGGUGGAAGAGUCAGGGCAGACAAAAGGAAGAAUUCACCAGGGCAUAAACUAUGGAAUUAGCUCUCGCAGUAUGAUGGAACCCAGUUUGGUUGGCUUGAAAGGCAGAUUCAUGGAGGAUAAAGCUAAAGCUAUUGUUGGCUACAAGCCAAGAUGACCGUGCUCUACCACCACUGUUGGAAGCAGUAUGCCUUUGAAUACCAGUUGAUAGGAAUCACAAGUGGAGAGUACUGUUGCAUUUAGGCCCUGACUGGACACUGUGAUAACAGGAUACUGGACUAGAUUAACCUUUGAGUCUGAUCCACCUGGGUUCAUAUUUUUUUUGUCUUUUACUAUCUGCUCUUUUGCUUAUUCUCCCCAUUUUUUUGUCCCAAAUUGCUUCCUCGUUUCACUCUGAUUCUUUUAUUUUCCUUACACCUUUUAUUCUAUCUCUUUCCUAUGCAUAAUCUGUUCACAUCUUCCCUUUCCUAAUAUAUACACAAGGCUAAUUCAUCAGCCAUGCUCAGUAGGUGGAAAGACAGUUGGAUCUAUAUGCCACAUUCAUAUUCUUGUAGUUUUCUUUCAGCAAAUUGGUUUCUUAACCUAGAGUUAUGUAUUUAUGCAUUGCACUCUGAUUUUCUGACUAUGCAGAACUGUUCUCUAUUAAUCUAGUCAUAAGACUGUUAAUCAUACAAAGUUCUCAAAGCUUUAGUGGAUUUAAGGCUACUUUAUUAUCCCUUUGUCCUCAAUAAUGCCUAAUUGCUGCCACUAAUACAUGCGUAGUAGGAUCUAUGUAGGUCAUUAUUGAAUUCCUCCCCUAGCUGAAAAAGUCAAGCUGCACAGACCUUAUAAGUUGCAAGCUUUCUCACUCAGCAAGAGGAACAGCCCCCUGGUGAACAGCCCUUGUCAGAUACUUCCAGUCCAGUUAAGAAUUCAGAAAAUAAAGAUGGGAAAUGUGUAGGAAGAACCGCUAUUUCUUUUAAUGCAUCUAACUUUUUGGUAUUAAACUGCAAAAUCAAAUAUGUACCACAAUUUCUACCCUCUUCAUCACUCCAUACACUUUUCCUGCCUAACUCUUAGAUAGCAAAUCUGCUUUGUUGUUAAGGUGCAACAAGUCUCCUUAUUGUCUGAUGUUAUAGCAGCCUAGCACAGCUACUAUUCCUAGUUUGUGGUUAGUAGUAAUUGAAUGGUAGUACUUUUGACUGUUUUCAUGACUGCAAGUACAUGUUAUGGUUGGCCUCUUAUCACCAACAUCACCAUCACAGUCAUUCUUUUUGGAAGUAAACCUAAAGGCAAAGCAAUCCAUUUGUUUUAGAAACUUGUGUGCUUUGUAGAGUCACAGCUAAUGCUUCUUUGAUCAAAAUGCAUAGUUCAAUGUAGAUAGAACCAUAAUCAGACAUUAGCAACUGCAUUUUCUUUGCUUUCAUUCACUCAUGACAGUGAAUUUACAGAUGACAUGAAAUAUGGAAAUAGUGUUUCAAGGUUGCUAAAUAUUUUCUUUAAAAAUAAAUGUCACAUUGUGGUGGCCAAUGGCUUUAAACAACAAAGUUUCAUUCACAUUGAUUUGCAUUGCAAAAUGAUCCUCAUUUUUACAUUGUGUUUCAAAUUAAUUAAGCCAGUGUGGUGUAGUGGUUAAGAGCGGUAGUCUCGUAAUCUGGGGAACCGGGUUCGCGUCUCCGCUCCUCCACAUGCAGCUGCUGGGUGACCUUGGGCUAGUCACACUUCUCUGAAGUCUCUCAGCCUCACUCACCUCACAGAGUGUUUGUUGUGGGGGAGGAAGGGAAAGGAGAAUGUUAGCCGCUUUGAGACUCCUUAAAGGGAGUGAAAGGCGGGAUAUCAAAUCCAAACUCUUCUUAAUUAUUGGGAAAAUUUAUUUUGGUUUUAAGUGCAAGAAGCCUCAUACAGUUCAAGGCAGGUAGAAAUAACAUUUUUAAAAACCAUAAUGUAGCCAACCGAGUCAUACUCCAAGUAGACCAAUUGAAAUUAAAGAACUUGACUACAUUCCAUUGAUAAAAAUGGAACUACUCUUGAGUAUGCCUCAGUUGUAUGCAACCCAUUCAUUCAACAACAGUGUUUCUACCGUUCAUAUCCUGUGUAAAUUCAUUGCUGAGAUUUGACAGGUAAUAUGUUUAUACAGUAUACCACUGUCAUCUCAAGUAUUCACUCAAAAUUUCAAACUAAGUAAGAUCUAAAGACUGUGAAGAUGGAAUGGGGGAAAUGAUACUCCCAGAUCUGCAUUUCAUAUAUGUUUCUUUUGAUAGCUUCAAAUAUAAACAAGUAGCCAAUCUUUUGUUUGAAAAGAAAACAAGCACAAGCCAUGCCUGCUUUUCCAGCGGGUCACAGCAGGAUUGCACAACGCAUUGAGUGCAUGCCAGGGAUGAAACUAAUUAAGGGAAAACACUGGAGAGAAUGAAACUAGUCAUUGUGCAAUAACUGACGUUGUAUUCCUGAUUGUUACUAAUAGUGUAAUUUUGUCAGCAAGGAAGAUGGCAACUAUAAAUUGAUGAAAAGUUUUGGACAGUGGGGUACAAAGCAUUUUGUGACCGGCCUGUAGUCCUUGCCUAAAUUCCGCCUCUUGUGAUAAGCUUAAUUGAGGUAACAUUGCAGGUUGCUUGACCCUCAUUGCUGAUCUCGGACUACAUCUCUGUUUUCCUGUAUCCAGAAGGAAUGAACUCAAGCAUUUGUUGCUUUCCUUUUAGCAGAGGCUAGGCGCUACAUAAAAUGCAUGGAGCAGUUAGCACUCUUUCUAAUCCUGUCAUACCAUCAACAAUUAAAAUCUUAAAACUAGGCAUUAUAAUAAAAACUAAUCAAGCUAGCAUAAUGUUUAUGUUACACACAUUUCCCCCCACAGACUUGCAAACAUUUGGUCAGAAGCUCUGCCUGUCUUGGGUUGAUACAUGGUCUUGGAGCCACGUCAUUCACUUCUGAAUGUUCACCGCAGCCACAGAAUCAGAAGAAGAGGUCCCUUCAUUGUUAUGGGGACUGGAUCCUAUCUUUUCAGCUUUUGCAAGACUGUACAUUAAAGACGUACAAGAAAUGAAAGAAUCAAAACAGGUUCCAGGUGAGUUAUGAGAUUGCUAUGAUAUGUAUAACAUCACUGGUUUUAAUGAAAAGCCUAGCAUUACUGUGCUAUGGACUGACAAUCUGGCUCCAGAUAAAAACUUUUCUCUCCCUUCUGUGCCUGAAAGAAGCUCUGAGGAUAGAUAAAACAGCAAAAGAAAAUGAGAUAAUCUGUAUAUUCCAAGUUCCUCAAGUUGCUUGAGUUUCCUGGCCUUGAUCUGCCACCUUACCUUGCCCAGCAGGAAAGGGAAUAGAAUGGUGGAUGCAGUGUGUAUCACCAUCAAGAGGAGUGUCCCUUCUCUUAUGGAUAUGCUUGAAUCUGCCUCCACCCCAUCCCAUGUAGCGUGAAGCCAUUGGAUUGGGGAAAGAAGAGGGGAGAAAUUCAGUCCCUGGAAUUAUCAGUAUGUCAUUGGGAGGGAGUGACCCAUCAGGCUUAUCUCUCAAAGUGGCUAUACUAGUACAACUAGCUGCAGACAGGAGGGAGAGGUCGUGAUAAAGGCGCUGAGGGAGUGUCAGAAGGAUCCCAACAGCCUGGAUGAGCUUGCAGCUGGUGACACGGAGCUGCGCCUCAGUCUAUAUCCCUAGUAACAUAACCAUACUCCCACUGUACUUCAACCAGUGCUCUUUUUCCACUACUUGUCAGCUCAUCUCUCACAUGAUCAUUACCAGGGCAGCUUGACCAGACAAACUGCCCUGGCUGGAAACAGCUAUAAUUUUUUACCAUUAUUUUUGCUUAGUCUGAUCCAAUUUAAGACUCAUCAACUAUUCCUUUAUGCAAGAAUGUAAGAUUUUCAUGAAUAGUAAAAAGCAACUAAAAGAUCAGUCCCAAGCUACCUUGAAAGAGAUAAAUAGGCAAUAUUUGUUAAACAGAACUGGAAAUCAAGACAGAGCAUAUUGCUUCCAAAAAUGCUUAAGGGAAAAGGUGUGGUGAAUUGUGAUAUGCAGAAACCAAAGAAUUUAACAAAAGGCUGUUUAGAAAAUGUCUUUUCUUUUAAAAGAUGUUGAAUUAAAAGCCAUGGCUGAACAUUCCUCAGCAUGUUCCUUACAGACCUUACCUACCCUCAUUUAUUAAAACUGACAUUUCUUGUUUGCUUGGCAAACUCCAGUUUCCCUUAGUAAACUCUUCAUCUGUUUCACCCUUUGGUAGUUAAAAUCUCCAUGCUGGUUCCUGAGACUCCUACAGCACCAUUUCUCAGCCUACUAGUUGCAAAGUCUGAGAAAGUGGGGCAUGGCCUUUUUAAAUAAACUGAAAAUAAUUACUGGUACUGCCUUUAAUCAUUAACUGGCAUGAUGAAUACCUCUUACAACUUGUUGCUUUGUUGACAUAUUAUAAUGUUGUAUUGACACUUUUGGCCAAAUGUCAGAAUGCCACUCCCACCUAGUGGGGGGCAAAUUUGUCACACACCCCUUUCCUAAGAAGCCUUGAGUGGUUUUUCCUGAAAGAGGCGUUAGGGAAGGUGCAUGGGGCUUUCUAGCCCUAUAGCAAACAGGUGGGCAUUAGAAUUUAUAAGCCAGGCAUCACCUCAGUCUAUUCUUCUUUACUUCGCUGAAAUAAGACUGUAUGUACCUUAUGUAUCAAUGAUGAUCUCCUCCUUUCAUAGGUAUAUUCUUUUACAACAGGCAUCCAGUAAGGCAGGUGGAUAUUCUUGGAACUGUGGUUCUGAUCAAAGAACGAGAUGCCUGUUAUACUUAUGGAGGUAAGAAAUUCUUAUUCCUGCUAGCUCUUAAAUUUCUCCAUUCUCAUUAGCCUUUACUGCCUUCUUAAAUUAGGUUUGCUUUUAUAUAUGGUGUAGCAACAACAACAACCAGCUGGAGGUUUCUGAUCAGUCUGCAAGGGAAAACCCCAUGCAACCCACUCUGGAAGAGACCAAGGUAUAUAGGGUUGAGGGAAGGUCUGAUUGCUUCAGUAAAUGGCAAAACAGGGGAGCCAGAUGAGAGUUGGCAGAAAGUAUCCCUGGCCACUGCUGCAUCCUGUAAGACACUUUAGGAAUGGCCCAAGCUGUGAAACUGUUCCUUCAGGGGGAAUGUUCACUUUCAUUGACAACUUCCACAGCCUUGACUGGGGCAGAUGGUGGUAAUGAGAGAGAGCGAUGGGGUUCCAAGAGCAUACUAACAAUGACAUAGCCUUUUGAAUGUCCCAGCGCAGAGAGUGAGAUGCUAGGUGCAUAAUUUUCUGUUCCUGGGAAGAAAUGCUUGUGUGGUUCUUAGCAUGGUUACCUUGUACAGUUCUUUGGUACAAAGACAGAGGCUAUGCUUUCCUCAGCCACCCCUCCCUUCACUGCCAACUCUUUCCAAGUUCACACCAGUGAACUUAGGAGAAGGACUACCCUCCUUGCGUCCAUGGUUGUCUUUCUCCUCAUGUUCAAACUGUUCCCAGUUUCAUUCUUCGGCAUCUUGCCAAGCUGCCCCUCCCUGACCUUCUCUCAGCUGCACUCAGGCUGACUCGCCCAAAAUAAAUCGUAACUUCCAUUUGCAUUUUCCAGUUCAAAAGCAAGGCUCUGCCAGCUGGGGAUCUAAUUGGCUAGUAUUGCAUCAGCUGGAUCACGUGCUUGAGUUUAGAGAGGCAUGAUGCACUCCUUUUUGAGAAGCAAAGCUGCAUAAAGGAAAAAAUGUGGAUUGUUGUCUUGUUUCUGCACUGAAAAACGGGAAUUUGUUUACACUUACAUACUUAAAAGGGGCUGCUUGUUUUAAACUCUCUUAAGCUCUCUUAAGUAAGGCCAGUGGUCCCUCAGACUGAGUAUCCUGUUGCUGAAAGGACUUAAAGGGAAAAUGACAAGAAUGUAGGUCAAUAAUGCUAGAAGUCUCCCAAAUGUGGCAGAGGGGCUUGGAUAGAAAUUAUGAAUGACCAGCUCCUUGUGAAUAUCUGGUACCAAAAGUUGACAACUCACUGUGAGAGUAUCUAAGGCCUUUUCUGCCUUCAUUCAUCCUCCCUUUGUGAUCUCAGUUCAAGCUGCAGCUAAUACAAGAAGUUGUUCUGUCCCUGGUCAACAGUGUAUGUAUCAAAUAGCAAGCAUUAUUGCCCUUAUAUUAAUUUCAGGAGACAAAUGUUAGAUGUUUCAGGAAAGGUCAUUUACAUAGCAUAUGCAUUUGUGCAGAUGAUGGUAUAGAAAGGGUUGGGAGUGAGGAAGGCACUGUUAAAAAUAAAAACCUGCCUCUUUAUAUAUCAUUAAGAUAGAUUGCCAAUAGCGUUAAUCCAGCAUAGAGAAGGUAGCCUGUCCAGCCUCUACAACAGUAGUCCAUGGAACAGUCAUUUUCCUCUUUCCUUCACACCCCCAUAACCCAGCUUAGUCGCAGAAAGUGUGUCUGUCUGUCUUUGACCCUCAUCUCCAUCUUUUCACUAUCCAGACUAUUCCCUCAACACCACUAGGAAAAAAAUUGCUGUAGGGGAGAAUUUCAGAAAAUGAGUUAUUCUGUGUUUUUGACUUUUGACUAGUUUGUCAGUCACAUUUAGUCUGUUGAUUUGCUGCAGCAGGAAAUUGGCACAGGUAAAAUGGAUGAGAGAGCUUUGAGAAAGAUUUUGCUUCUCUGGUACAAACAAAAAGGCUGUUGCUAAGCAAAAAUGUUUGUGGUGUGUGUUCUAUAAACUCCCACCAAACUGAUUAAAAUUGCUAUCCUACUAUCUAGUGGAUGACGGCACAGGAGUUAUAAGCUGCACCUGCUGGAAAAACCCUUUGGCACAGCAGAGAUCUUUGUCAGGUAACUUUCCACUUCGUAUCUGCUUUCCUUUUAGCUUUUUCAGAAUAUGUAUUAAUAUAUAUUCUAUACUUUAUUAGUGAGGGUUAUUUUCAGGUGUUUGCACCAUUUCCCUGUUCAUUUUUAUAUUGUUUUACUGUGACUUGAUAAAAGAGCAGUGCUGAGGUCCAUUCAUUCAUAACAGAUGGGUCUGUUGUUUCAGUUCAGGACACUUGGCUUGAAGAGCCUUCUUACUGUAGUUCCCAAUGCAACUUUUCCAUUUUGUUUAAAGUGAUGUUUUCCAAUUAGAGCUAAAUGAUCUGAGAUCUGUUAGCUUGUUGAAUUCAAGAUAGCCUCUUAACAUUUUGCAUAUAUUUUGAUUUGCAGAGAUACUAUUCUUUUCUCUUACACAUCUUAUAUCCUAUUCUGAACAGUUGAUUUUAAAAAUGUGAAUGUCUCAUGUUUCCCAUGUUUCAGUGCAGAUGACUUUUUCUUCUUACCCACAGAUACCUGCCACAUAACAUAGCCAAACUUCUGUUCCUUCCUCUUUGCUUCCCACCUCCCUAUUUCAGUGGGUUGAAGAGUAAACAGGCCACACACACAAAAAACAAUUUUUUUAAAAAAAUGUACUAGCAUAUAAUCACCUAGAGACUUCAUCUUGGGAAUCUGCUGUUUUUAACUCAGUUGCUGGCCUUUGCUUGUUUUAUUCUUGGUUCACUCCCUACUGUCAAUUAUACAGUCAUUACUACUGCAUAAUUAAAAAUAUGCAGUAGUAUAUUGCUUUCAAGGUGCAGAGAAUAAUGUUAAAUAAAUGUUCCAGGCCUUUCGUGGUCUAUUGAUGCUCUAAAAGUAGCUGGAGAAAAGCUUUAUUAAUAAUACAGUUGAGGUCAGAUUGUCAACACUAAAUCCAAAUGAUAGCUAAGAACCCUGAAACUUGAAGCUCUGCUCAGUUCUUGAUGCACCUUAAAGACAGACAAGCUCAUUAUGGCAUAAUUAAAUAAUUUUUAAGGUGCCACAAGACUCUUAGUUGUGUUUGAUGUCACAGUUUGACAUGGCUAUCUGUCUGGAAAAAGCUACUCAGUUAUGCCAGGAAAAACUUAUAAUAUUUAAUGAAGAAGUCACCUUCUUUUCUGUAUUGGCUUAGCUCUAAAAUAUAAGAAGAAUUCAAGUCCUGGAAAGGAACACAGAAUAUUUAGUAGCCUGCUUUUUUUUGAGAAUGUGUUCACAGCAGACAACUUUUCCAGAUGGCUGCAAUUAAAGUUUAUGCUGCCCUGGAUCAAAAACUUAUUGGUGAGCCAAUAAACUUGGAAGUUCUGUCAAAGUGCAUUUGUAUCUUGGCAGGCUCAAAGAGGCAGCUUUUGUUUUACUUCUAAUGAUAUUAAGUUUCCUUUUUAUUAAGAGUGAGGUUUGCUGGUGAGGUUUGCUUUUUAUUUUGAACUUGGGUUUACUUUUUUGUUCAAUUUUGAACUUCAGAAGAUUAGCAUUGUUUGUCUGUUGUAGGCUAAGCCACAGUCUGGUGGCACUUUAAGAAUUAUUAGGUGUUUUGUAGCAUGAGCAAAGUUAUAUUCAUCAGGUGCAUUAAAUGUUUAAGGACAGUAUUGGAUAUUACAUAUACAUGGUAAUAUUACAUAUACACUUAUUAUUCAUAUUACAUACCGGUAUAUGCAUUUGGUAGAAAUACUCCAGUUUUGGAACACACCAUCACAACAAACUUAACACACGUUUGUUCUUUUAAAAGAGGUUAACAUUUCAGGAAGCAAGUCUGACAAAAAUACUGCUUUCUACUUUUAUUUAAAUAAUGAAUAUAUAUAUAUUAAUCAUGUCUCAUUCUGUUGAGUCACAGUCUUAGUCAAGAGGAGCUUUCCCCAGCCUGGUGCCUUCCAGGUAUUGUUGGACUACAACUCCCAUCAGCCCCAGUCAGCAUGGCCAGAAUUAAGGAAUCAUUGAAGUUGUAGCCCCAACAACAUUUAGAGGGCCCCAGGUUUGGGAAGGCUGGUCAAGCAGAAUUUCAGUGUUUCCUUUUAUUUUUUCCCAUCUCUCCAACGCUGUGUUUUCUCCCAUUAAUUGUGCUGUUUAAUGUUAUAUCUACACAACUAAUUUUUUGGAAGAUGGCAGUUUCUAAGGGGAGAAGACAGUGUGUGUUGGCAGCUGUAAUGCUGCCUAUGAAGUGGUCUUUUAACAUACAUGGUAUAUUGGAUGACAUCCGUCAUGAUAUUUGGGAAAAUCUACUUUGCUUUUCCAUUCCAAAUGUAGUGAAUGUUUCUUUCCCCACAGAUUUUAGACCUCAUCCUAGUACCUCAAGUGGCCUGGAUCUAGCUGAACAAAUAAGAAAGCUCGAAGUAGCAGUUUGCCAAAAAACGAGACUGGAAAUUGGUGAUACUAUCAGAGUCCGUGGUUGCAUUCAGAUCUUCAGACAGCAGCGAGAAAUCAAGGCCUCCAUGUACUGUGAGUAGUUACUCAUUCAGCAGUAUGCAUUUUUAUCCUGACCUUUAAAACUCCCAUAAUUGUAACCUGUGUGACUUACAGUUUAUUUAAGCUGCGCCCAGGCUUUUUUCCUGUCGCAUCAAGGCCACUUUGUGUCUCUGAUUCAUACGCCUUGUUGAGAGCGGCUGUGUAUGACUCUGUGCAGCAUAUGGAUGUUGUGUUUUAUAAAGCUGGGCUUCUCAGCUUGCUAAAAGCCAUCCUCCAAACCUAGUUCCAGACACUCAAAUGCAGAAGUAGUGUGGCCUCUCCCUGUCCUUCUAUAGAACAACAAACCUGCCAAAUCCAGCUCCGAGGGUUUUCUGGCAGUUCCCCUCACUGUGAGAAGUGAAGUUUCAGGGAAGCAGGCAGAUUGCCUUCUCAGUAGUUGCCCCUGCCCUGUGGAACACCCUCCCAUCAGAUGUCAAAGAGAGAAACAAUCAUAUGGCUUUUCAUAGACAUCUGAAGGCAAGCAAUGUUUAAUGUUUUGUUGUGUUCCUUUAUAUUUUGUUGGAAGCCGCCCAGAGUGACUGGGGCAACCCAGGCAGAUGGGAUGGAUACAAGAAAUAAAUUAUUAUUAUUAUUAUUAUUAAUUAUUAACAUCAGAUAAAACAACCAUUAUCUUGGAAGGUGGGCUGUAAAUAACUAAUAAAUAAAUGAAACGCAGCUAGCGGCUCACGUUUGAAUCUGUUUGCCUUUUUUGUGCCUUCCUUAUUUCUUUUCAGAUAAAGUUGAUGAUCCUAUGUGUGAAGUUCUGAUUUCAAGAAUGCUGGAACUCCCCCAUCUAUACAGAGAUAUUUAUGAUCAGCCAUUCCAGUUGCAAGAAGAAGCACAAAGGUCAGUGAGAGCUCUAGAUAGGAGAUGCUGGUGAUUCAGGAGUGUAGGCUUUGCAUCAAGAAUAGGAUAUAAAACAGAGUUACUGGUUUUCUAUGAAAACUGAAUUUGUAUGGUGGGGCAAGUUCAAAGGCAGGAACAAAAAGAAGAUGGAAGGAUGAUAUGUCUAAAAUAGGUAGAGCCAUAGAAUGAGACAGCCAGAUUCAUGCACGGAAGAAUCCCCACUUAUGUGGGGGUUCCGUUGUAAGCUAACAUGUGCGUCACUGGGAUGCGCACAAGUGGGGCUUGCACCAUUCUGUCCCUGCCCACUUUCAGCACUGUUGUCAGUGUGUGCGUUAGCAGGAGUGCCCAUGCUAAUCGCACGCAAGUGGAGAGAUGGCUGUAGUAACCCUAGUGUCGCACCACAGCACAGGAUAGAUGCCACACAGUAAGAUCUAGUGCAAACGCCACUCCAAACCCUUGCACAGUGAUCAUGCAUACAUGUCAUCCAGAUCGUAAAGCUUUUUGUGGAUCAUAGAAGCCAGUUACAUUUCUGAUUUCUGUGAAAUUUCUCCUAAACCAGCUCAUAAGUCUGGGCUAUUGUAGGCUUGAUCUCGUAGUGACAGUGUGUUCAGCACUGCUGAAGAUUUAGUUGGGUGCCAUUUAAACUAGUUAAGUAUCUAGUUGUAGGAGGCCUUUUAAUUUGGUUAAUAUUUUCGCUCUCCAUUUUAAAUUUAUUUUCUGCUGAUAGCCAAGGUGCAGCGUACAUGUUGGGCUCCAUCACUGAACUGAGCAAAAAAAUAAGAGACUUCCUAUUGAAGAACAAGAUCCAGAGUUUCUAUCAGCAGGAGCUGGAAACUGUGGAGGCUUUAGUAUCCCUGGUCAAGGAGGAUGGACCAAGAACUGCUGAGCAGGUGAGUAAAGGUGGCUUUGUAGGGAGCUGACUGCAUUUGCGGGGUAGCUUAGGUCAAUCAAGAAUGUUUAAUGAUAAUAUUGAACUAAACACUGGACUGUGUAAUAGCUGCUACUUUGAGAAAACAAAACCUGCAGUUAAUGGCAUGGUAGCCUAACAGUAUGUUAGUUUGUGUACUGUUUUUGAUGGUAAUAAAAGUAAGACAGAUCAAAAUGAAAAAGCUAUAAAGCAAACUAAAGUUUGAGACUUGCCACUGCUAUUAACUUACUACUUUCAUAACUGUGUAGGUAGCUAUAAUGGAGCUUGGGAGGUCUCUUGAAGAUAAUGGAUCAGUUGAGUGACAGGACUGGAUGGUUCUGAACUUAAUCAAGGGUAAGAUAAAUGAGGCCCAACAUAUUAAAAAGGUUGGCCCUUCUGUAGAAAAUUAUAAAGAGCAUGCUGACAUCUGCUAUGUAUUACACUUUCUACUUGUUAGACAUUUCAGCCUGUUCAGAGCAAACUGGGUCUGGGUCUGGGUUUUUUUUUUAGGAGAUUCCAAGUCCCAAACUCUAAUUGGAAUCAGAGUUAUACAUAAAGCAAGUGCUUGUUUGAGAUUUGGACUGCUUUUCAAUAGCAAAACAUUUCUGUCUGUCUCUGUGCUUCUGGUUAAAUAGGAAUUUGUUUAUAAAAGAUUCUUAGCAUGCAGAGAAUAGGGUAAUAAGCCAGAUGCCCACCUGGUGCAAAUUUGCAUAACUUCAGUGCUUAUAAAGUUAUGUAUAGCUACAUUAGCUGAGAAUCUGGGCUGAAUAUAUAUAAUUUAAAAAUCCUUUCUUUAGCAUUACAAUUAAAACUGAAUGUCAGUAUGGAAAUCUGUCUUUAACUUCAGCCUUUGCCUUACUUUUUUCCGCUUGCAGUACAAUGGAAAUUGAGGCGAUUCCCCCCCCCCCCAAGCUUCCCUUUUGUGUCUAGCUAUGUAUUUAGUUAAGGAUGUGCUUUAAAUUCCCAGUUCUAUAGGAGGAUAUUUUAAUCCUUCCAAAACUGUACAGUAACAACAAACCUGCCUCCCAUUCAUAGUGGGUUCUGUGGCCUCCUUCCUGGUGGUUGCUUCCUGGCAACCGCUUGUUUUCAUAAAAGUAACGCUUGUCAUUGAAUUUUAAUAAAGCAAUAGGCCUGGAUUUGAACAAGAACCCUGCUGGUCUGUGGCAAAGGAAUAUAAUACAAAAAGUACCAAACAGCAGAGAAAGAAUUGGCUUCUCAAGCCAGCUGCCAUAAUAAGCAAUUCUGGUAAAAGCUGAAGGCUAUUCCAAGUUAUUCUGCUCAGUAGGCUCUGGGUUGCUAUGGUCACACAGGGCAAUUCCAUUGCUUCAACUGCAUCCAGUCCCCUUUGACUUGCCCCAACACAGUAUAUGAAGUAAUCAUAACAGUAUAAUCUCUUGAUAAUGUAUUGGACUAGUCCUGGGCUGAAAUCACAGUUCAGGUCAACCCUUACUGUGGGAUUUUAGUAAGUCACAUUUCUCAGCUUCAGCUGCCCAUUGGUAAAAUUGUGAAUAAUAUCCUCCCUCUUUCUCUGAGCACCCCCCAUAUAUUUACAUUUUUUAAAACUUUGUUUCUGUUUUUCCUUACCCCCUCCCCAGCCCACCAGGCAGAGCUACAUUUACUCUGGUAGAAAGUUGAUCCAAUCAGAUCUUAAAUUAGCCCUUUACAUAGAAUUUAAAAGCAAUAAGCAUGGGGAACUCAUUCAUCAUUUAGAAGGAUACUCCAUACCAGUUGCCUCAUUUGAAAAAAAUAAUUAUGUUGGUCUUGCACCUGAUAUAAUGAUUCCUGUGGCCAUCUUCCUCUUGGCUGAUUAUCUGAUUUGAGAGUCUUUCUUUAGAGCAGAGGCAAAAAACCUGUAGCUCAUCAAACAUUGCUGGCCUGCAGCUUUCAUUAUUCUUUAAUAUUAGACAUAUUGACUGGGACUGAUGGGAGUUGUAAUCCAUUCUCUGGAGAGUCACCCAUACCUCAGGGUAGUAUAGUUGCUUACACCUUUUAGCAUCUUUCUGACAAGUUUCUUUAUUGAUGUUUCUAUUGCAAAAUUACUGAUUAUUUUUUUUAUAGCACUAGAUAGUGUUACAUUUUUAUAUCUAUAUGAUUCUUCUAUAUGACCCAUGUCAAUCUAAUUAUGCAUCCAUUGCAGCUGUCAUAUUGAAUGUGUAAUUGGUCACGAACACCUAGCUGUGUGUGUGGUGUGAUGAGCAGAGCUGCUCCAUCUAUGUCUCCACCCUCCAAAUCCAUACCAAUUUGUGAACAUUUACCUUCAUUUUAUGUUUGUCUUCAACAUAGUGGUUGUGUGCUUCUUAGCUACAGAACAGAACUUCAGUGUAUUCAUAAAUAUUUAUCUGCACCCCCUGGGAUGCUGCAGGCUUGGAUGCUUGGAAAAAUAGCUCCAGCUUGAAGACGUUUUCAGUUCUGUCAUUUCCUGAAGUGUAUGUCUUUUUUAGUUCUGUCAUUUCCUGAAUAGAAGUGCAUAACCACUUUCUUACCAUAUUCUACGUGCAAUUUCCUGAGAUGAGCAGCAGUGGCAUUCUGCAGAGUUCUGUUAUGUAUUUCCAUUCGACUGGGUAUCAAAUUGCUAGCUGCAGCAUAUCUUCUGACUUUAUCAUCUGUAAUUUUGACCUUUUCAAAUCUGUAAUUUUGACCUUUCACUUUAUGUAUUCCCUAUUAUGUUUGUCAUUUCAAAGACCGCAUGGACACACACUUAGCAGGAAGUCUUUUCAUGCUUUUGCCCGUUAUCCUGUGCUCAGAUAUUUUUACAGUAAUUACAUUUUUUAUUACUAUUUUUCUUUUGUCAAUGGGACCCUGAAUUACCCCAAGCCUUAAGUUGGGGACCCUCUCAAACAAAAUACAUUUUAACCUGUGUUCCAGUAUAUAUGCACUUACCUUGAAUUUUAAAAAUUUAACUACAGAGUACUGUACAUUCUUCUGAGUAAACAAGCAUAGAAGCACACUAUUAGAUUGCCAGAUUAACAUAUUUCCCCCUCUACGUUUGUCAAGAGGCAUAAAGUGGUACAACACAAUGGUAGUGAAUAGAAUAAGGCUACAGAGGAAGAACCAAAUGAAAACUUUAAAUUCUGAUAAUCAUCAGGUCAGGUAAUAGUCUACAUAGUUUCUUCUUUGAAUUUCUGGAAUUGGUCUGUUUCUGUCCUCUAAAAACUUUAAGAUCAGUUCAUGUAGAGGCAGAACUUCUGUCUUUGCCUUAAUCUCUUGCAUCCUCUGAACUGCAUUUGUUGCUGAUAGUCUACCUCUUUCAGCCUCUUUGUUACUCCUUAGAUAAGCUUCAUGUACCUGAAAUAGACUAAGCUGGACUCCUGUUGAGUUUCAAAUCCAGCAGACUGCAGUCACACUAAUACAGCAGAAUUAUCCCUAUUUUUUGCAUGUCUACUUUCUUUAUAUAGUAUCAGCUGGGAGACAGCAUGCACUCUUGCAUGCUAGGACUAACUCACAUUAAAGCAGAUUUAUGGGGGGGGGGGGACAGGAAGAAAUGCUUCACAACUCCUGGCACUUUCCAGUAUGUCCCAGCAGUACCCAGCUUCAAAGCUAAGCACACUUAACCAACUAAUGAUUUGCUGCAAAAUUUCUCAUAUUUUCAACACAUAUAUCAAAAUGAUUUGACCAAAAUAUUUUGUAAGUAAUGUGUUGCACUUGUAUAACCUAUUGUGUUGACCCACUGCAUAGGCAAGGAGGGUAUUUGUUUUGUGUUUUGUUAACAUGGCAUUCUCUCUGGUUAAUACACAUUUGGAUUUCUGUAACUAUUUUUAAUUAGCCACCUUUUAAGAAAUGAAUUAAAAAUUCAGAGGUCAAAGUAGGUUUUGGUUUGGAAAGGAAAAACCAUUGAAUAAGCCUGAGUCAUUUUAUUCUCAAGAAAAGAUGAAUGAAGUGAAGGUUUGGCUUAACUGUAAUCUUAAAUGCAAUCUUCAAAUGUUUAGAAAAGCAAUUAUUCUAUACUGCCACAGAUGAGGAAGUGAGCUUUAAAUCACAGGAAAGCAGACUUUAGAAUAGAAUAGAGAAACUUCCUUGCUAAGCAAGCAGAUGGGCAUUGUAUUGAGUUGCUUUGGAGAAGCUGCAGAAUCCUGUUCAUAGAAAGAAUUAGAAGUGCUUGUCAACAAACAGGGGAAUAAACUGGUAUUUCUCUUACAGGCUGAUUGCUCAGGAGUUUCCAGGCUCAUCAACAUUAAUUUUGAAGAUUAGCAAUGCAUACCUGAGCUUUCAACUCUGCAUUCUGGCACUUAGUUGCACCAGAGGGGAAUUGAUGUAGUGUCAUAAAGCAAAUUGCAAUGAAGAGAAAUGGGUCUCCAAAGAUCCUGGACCAUUCUAGGGAAGGGAAAGAGCAGUGGUAAAGGUAGUAGAGCUUUGGAGAAUCUGAGGAGGAGUGACUGGGGACUGUUGGUAAUAAAUUUUAUGUAACACAUGCAUCAGGUUUUCCCUCAUGAUGGAACCCAUUGGCACUUAAUGAGUGCAUUACAUUUAUUGGCCUUAUGAACACGUUUAUGGUUAAGAAUUUCAAUGAUCCCUGAUCAAAAGCCACAGCCCACAAACGAUGUGAAGAGCAAAAGAUAGGAUCUGUGAACAAUCUGUGCUGAAAAGAAUUUAGAGCAGCAGCAGAUGCUUCUGUACAAGGUAGGAAAUGGGAAAGGUUCACAAGCCAUCCCUGUGCCUCUAAAGCAAAAUGCAGUAUUAGAGGAAACAAGUUGGACUCCUGCACCUAGGGAGGGGGAGGAGGUAUGUUGCAAAAUUUGGUCUUCCCAGCAAGUAACCUCAUCAUGCACUAUAGUUUGGUCCAAAAUAUCUUCCUGGAUUUUAUGCAGAGUACAAUAGAGGUGCACUUUAAAGAUGCAAAAAAAGGGGAAAAAAACACCUCUAUGGCCAUAGAUAGGCUUCCUUUGUUUUACAUUUUCUUUUGUAUAUGACCUAUCUGAAUUUCCUACACCCAUCCUUGCUGCAGGUUUACUUCUUGAUGCUUUUCCUCUGAUCAGAUUUCUUUGUAGAUCACUGCAUAUAACAAAGAAAGCACUCCACCAUUGUCUUCUGUGGCCAUACUAAAUAGAUUUAAACCUAGAUCUACCUGGAUCAAAUCUAACACUGAUCAAGUGUGUUGGAUUUAAUCUAGGGAGAUCUAGGUUUAAACCCAUUCAGCCAUAAAGCUUACAGGUGACACUGAGCUGCUUUUCUGUUUUGCGUAUCUUAUACUACAUCACAGGGUGAUCGCAAAGAGGGACGGCAGGGAUAUAGACUAUUCUGAGAUCUUUAGUUAAUUGUAAGUAAACCUAAAGGAGGGCAGACCCCCUAUUGCACAUGGUAUGUACAUAAGAUAUAUUUGGAGUCCAGAGGCACCCCCUCCCCAUAUCUGAAGCAGGAUACUCCAAACUCAACAUAUUGGUAGACUUAACAAAAUAGGAAAACUUAAUCUAUAGUCAUCUAAAUCAUAGUGCUUUGGGCUGAGGUACAAGCAAGCACAGAGUGCCAGUGCUGCCUGUAAGGCAAGGAGUAAGGUUAAUAAAACAUAGGUUUUUUUUAGUAGCUCAUUGCUUGUACUUUUCAAGCUGACAUCCAUUUCUUCUGCUUUUUCUGUCAGUUUUAAGAAGUUUGCCAUUAGCAAUUCUCUUUCAGGAGCUAUCCAAGCUGAGCCUCCUGUCAGCUCACGCAGAGUGUGUUCUUAAUUAGGCCUUAUCUUCAGACAGGAUUGAUGCUCUAGACCAAAGCAAGUAAUUAUCAGACUCUGCUCCUUCCACUUGCAGAUCCUUUAGUUCAUUUCCCUUUUCUUAUUAAAAAUGGAUCGGUGUGUCAUGAGGUAAUUACUUUGGCAGCAGCUCCUUUCAGUAGCGGAAAGUAAGGUUUGUUUCAGCCAUUUUAAUCUCAACAGUUUUCUGCUGCUGUUUGAAGGAAAGGACUUCUCUUUUAUUCCUUGUGCAGACCCAAAUAACCUAAAAGUGCAUUUGACUUCCAUGCUUCUUCUUUCCCCCUUAUCCAAAUAUGCCUCUCUUUUUUGUCUUUUUCCUCUUCAGACAGAUUCCAAAGAUGGUCCCUGCUCCAAACUGAUUAGAGACUCCUUCACGGAAGCAAUAAAGGUGUUGCAAAAAAAGGGAGUUCUUUUCCAGAAAUCAAAAAAUCCCCAGGAUAUGUAUUUUGUAAGUAUCUCUUUAUAUGAAUGGUGGUCUGUAGGCAAAGCAUGUCCUGUCACAUUUACAUAAGCUUAAUACAUGAAGCAUGCCACUAGCAUGCUAACUCUACAUACAAAUGGGGCACUGCCCCACCAAACUCAGUGUCCCCUCAGCCAGACCCACCUGUCAGCCUUCUUACUUUGACAUCCAGUCUGAGGAUGCUGCUGGCUGUCACCUUUCUGACUUUUUUAGUCUCAGAGUUGUCUUUAUAGAACUCAGCACGGAAAAGGAUGAGGACAAAUCUAUAAUUGAUUGGAUCUGCCUGUCAUUGGCUCUAGAUCUGCUCACUGUUGACCUUCCUGUAUACUACCUUACCAGUUCCAAUGGGCAUCAGCCACCACUUCAAAUGGGCUAGUGAUAGGUGUUUUAUGAUGGUCAGAUGCAGGCGGAAUGCUUCUUUACAUAAGAAUAUAAGAAGAGCCCUGCUGGAUCAGGCCAAAGGUCCAUCUAGUCCAGCAUCCUGUUCUCAUAGUGGCCAACCAGAUGCUUAUGGGAAGCACACAAUCAGGACCUGAGUGCAGCAGUGCUUUUCCCAUGUGUUUUCUGGAAGCUGAGAUUAAAUCCAGACACAGGGUGGAAUUGAAUGUUGUGCUCUUCCAAUCAUUCCACAUACACAAACCUUCUAGCUGAACAGAACAAUACCCCCUCCCACUGUGUGCUGUUCUGUGGGUUUUCCUGACACCCCCCCCAAGCCAGUUUCAGGGGGAGCCCUCUUGUAUAAGUGGAAGUUCUUGCACAGGGCUUCCACUGACAGGGCUUGUUAGGUGACUCCCACUCACAGACUAUCCAAUAGCCCUGAAAUGUUUCUUUCUGUUAUGAAAAUGCAGUGGUCUCUAAUUGUAGGCCAGGCUCUCAUCUUUGAUACAUAAAUGUACAUUGCUUUGAUUUUAAGAAUCACUCCUGCAUCCUCUAGGUGACUGAGCAAGAUAAAGAAUUGCACAAAGUGACCCUUGAAGUCCUCAGAGCUGAUUGUAAGAGGCCAAAAUGUAAGUAUGAACAGUUAGAUAACCACAAACACAGGCCUGUACAAGUAAGGAAUAAUUGUAUUUGAGUAAGAGAACUUAAUUUAAUAACAACAAAUUAUUAUUAUUACUACUGCAGUUUGGGCACUUUGGGGCCCAAAGGCUAACAGCAUACCAGUACAAUACAAUCAAUCAAUCAAUCAAUCAAUCAAUCAAACAAACAAACAGAAGAAAAUCACAACAUAGGACAAGGAGAAAGCCUUCCCACACUAGAGAAUUCAAGUGUGCUCUCACAAACCCCUGUAUUCCCUUAUGGGAAGAAACCUGAACAAAGAAGUACUAAAGGAGAUUAAUCCAGCUUGAAUAAUUAAGGGUCUCUCUUCACCACCACCAUCCCAUUCUAACUAUUCUGAAAUGUACCCAGUUAGAUAUGUAUUUGCAAAAUAACUGCCACAGGAAAGUGGAACUGACUACUGUUGGUUCCAGCACAGAACAGAUAACUUGUAAUGUUCUAAUCCCCCUUCCUGGUUUCUGUAAUGAAAUAAGAUUCAUGCUUUUGGUUCAUGCCAGUUCUCAUUCAGCAUAGUGAACCUUUUGGAAACAAUCUGCCAGUUUUGUGGAAAUACCUUCAGGUAUCGCACCUGCAGAAAGAAAUAUGGCAUUGGCGAUGGUGGUGGAGUGUUUCUGAGCCAGCACAUGGGCGAGUUAUCUCAAAGCUUUUAUCCAAAGUCUGCCACCUGCCCAUGGGGGCAGCUUCACUCUUGCUACUGAAAUCCAGUCUCCCAUCUAUAUGAAUAAUAGAACAAUUGCCCACCCAUUUACCAUUUCACUUCUGCUUUACAUCUGUAGAUGCUGAAAAGGGCUGCCAUCUCAAUUACAUCCUCAAUUGUAUUCAGCAGCGCUACAGCCCUUUUGUUUCCAAAGAUGUGAUCCAUUGCCUACUGGACUGGAUGGAGACCAACAGUGACGUGGUCACUACCAUGGAAGGAUACUAUACUGUCUUUUAAGACGAGAUGCAGUGGACUUCUAUUGCCAAACUGUAUACAGUGGACAUGAGUCGUAAGAAUACUUCAAUGCCAAAAACUUGGCUGGAAUUCCUAGAAGAUGCUGUAUCAUAAAAUUCCUAUUCAUUUAGUUUCUCUCCAUGUUUCAGAAGUGCUCAGUCUGCCUCUGGUAUUCCAGGUACUAAACACAGGGACCUCUUUAAACAGUUAGGUUGUGAAUGCCCUCUUGUGGCUAGAUGGAAGACAAAACAAACUUUGCAUUCAUACCUUAUAGUCUAAUAAACAGGAGCUGCCUAAAAAGGUGAGCAGUCUGAAUUCAAGGAAAUACUUGAGAAACAGGUAUCAGAAUAAAUUAACCAUACCCUUAUCUCCAAUAAUACACCCCCUUCCACACUCCUAGUCUGAUAUACAUAAUUUCUGGUACAUUGAUUUAGGUCAUCUCUUGAGAUACAACAAGUGCUGUGGAUUCUGAAUCCUUGUUUUAAUCAGAUUUGUUACUACUCCCAAUUUACUUUUAACCUGGAUUCCAUGAUUAUCUCAAUAAUUACUAAAGGCUAUUCAAUGCUUUAAUUUAGGGUGGUAUCUGCAGGAUGCCCUCCUGCAGAACACAGCAGUUGGUUGCAUAAGUCGUGGACGAGGUGAUCUUUUAACAAUCUGACAGUGCACUGGCAUUAAAAAUCAAAACAGUUUUUCCUUCCGUAAUAUUGAAAUGUGCACAUGCAUCCAUGCCUCUUGCAAACUGAGGCAGGUAUUAAAUAAUACUCAUUAGUAGAUGGAGUGACAAUCUUGUUUCCUCAAGACUGAAGGAGGGAAAAUUCCAGAGGGCACUUCUACUUCGAUUUGAGCACUAUUUCUGGAACUGUCACAGAGAUGAAUUAUACCUGACUGCAAUGAGUUACAGAAAUUAUAUAUACGUAUAUUAUAUCUUGGUUAUGCAUGUUAUAACUUUGUUUUAUAUUAUUCUAAAUCGCCAUAAAACUACUCAACGGUAAAGUAUUCCUUGGUCCCAGUAAGACUACAUUCAUUUUUAAAAUAAAGAUACUUUGUUGAAAACAGA